AUGUUCUCUUUACUGUCUGAGUGACAAGUGGGAUCUUCUCUUCACUCCAAAAGACCCUCCAUCAUCGAUCCUGCAUGGUUCCUGCAAGACACUUACACCAUGACCCAAACACCUUAUGAAAUGAUUCCUGGAAGACACUGACAUAACUUAUAAAGUGGACACAAAUAAAAACAAGAAACCCAAAACUUCUUGGGAAUUCACAAUGGGAGAUCCCAACAUCAGCCACUUAGCGGAUGUAUAUGCUGAGACCCGUGACCCCAUGCUGAAGGGAAGCGAGCUUGACCCAUUGACGGAUAACUACAACAUGGACUAUGGUGUUCCCGACAAUGAGAUGCCCGACACCACGCAGGGCACAGCCUUCUUCGUCGCCACCAUCGUCAUCACCGUGGUGCUCAUUUGCAUCAUGCUCGUCUGCGGUGUUGGCAACUUCCUGUUUAUAGCUACUUUGGCACGGUACAAGAAGCUGCGUAACAUCACUAACCUACUCAUAGCUAACCUUGCAAUAUCAGACUUCAUAGUGUCAGUGGUGUGUUGCCCGUUCUUGGUGGAUUACUAUGUGGUGAAGCAGCUGUCCUGGGACCAUGGCCUGGUGCUGUGUGCCUCAAUCAACUACAUCAGGACUGUGUCUCUCUACGUGUCCACUAACGCACUGCUGGCAAUUGCUGCAGACAGGUACAUGGCCAUCGUCCAUCCUCUGAGGCCCCGUAUGAAGUACCAGACAGCCUACUGUCUGAUUACUGGUGUGUGGAUCGUACCCAUCCUCAUCUCCAUCCCUUCUGCCUUCUUUGCCUCUGAGACCAUGUACCCUCACGGUGGUGCCAGCGCCUCUCACAACACCCACAAGACCUUCUGUGCCCAAAUCUGGCCCGUGGACCAGCAGGCCUACUACCGCUCCUACUUCCUGUUUAUCUUUGCCCUGGAGUUCCUCGGGCCCGUUUUUGUCAUGGCGCUAUGUUAUACACAGAUUUUCCGUGAGCUCUGGUUCAAGAACGUCCCGGGCUUCCAGACGGAGCAGAUCCGGAAGAGGAUGCGUGGUCGGCGUAAGACAGUCAUGGUCCUGAUCGCGAUCCUGACGGCAUACAUUCUGUGCUGGGCACCAUAUUAUGGCUUCACCAUCCUACGCGACUUCCACCCGACACUCAUCUCCCGCCAGAGGAACUCCCUGGUGGCCUUCUACAUCAUUGAGUGCAUCGCCAUGAGCAACAGCAUGAUCAAUACCUUCUGCUUUGUCAGCGUCAAGAACAACACAGUCAAGUUUCUGAAGAGGAAUGUGCUGCUGUGCUGGAGAUCCACCUAUGCGCCCCGUAAGACGGUUGAUGUGAUCGACAUCCAGACAUUCUCCAUGCCUGUAACCGAGGAAGUCGAAUGCAUUCAUUUGAGGUGAACGGGGAGAUGCCAUUUUGAAACAUUCAUACAUGCUUUUUGGAUGUUCGUGUUGCAUCUGAAACUUGAGGCAGGGUUAGGGUUAGGGUUUGGAGUUCCACAGUUGUUAUUAUGAUGUCUCUUUCAUGGAGAUGUCUUUGAGUUGGUGUGUUCCUGUGUUUUGGCACAACAGCACUUCAAAGAAGCUAAUGUAAAUAUUGUUUUAUGAUAUCACCACAUGUCCUAAUAUCUUGGUACAAUAAGGGAUUAAGGGAAAUUGACCAUCUCUUUUUUCUGUCAACCAAGUACGUGAGAAAUUCUGUAUUCCGUCAACUCAUUUGUUUUGAUUUUUUCAAGUCCGACAAUACAAUCACCUUUAUUCGGUACACACAUCUGGUACCUGGUCGGACCUGAAUUCUUCGGGCAUUCUCCAUGGUGUUAGUUCCCUUUAGUUGGUAUAGCUUAAAUUCCAUUUAAUGACAUUUUUUCGGGUACCUUCAUUUGCGUCCUCUGUAAACACCAUCACAGCCAUGUGGAUGUUGCUGAGGAGAAUUUGUAACAAUUGAUAAUAUAAAACAACAUGUAGGCUACUUAAAUCGUUAUGGACCGGAGCGCACACCAAGCCAUGACGGCUUGAACCCUACAGACAGUGGGAGGGUUUUCAGCAGUAGAAUUAAAUUUACUCAGUGCGCGCAAGGGAACCACAUCUGCAAAGCCCGUUACGCACCUUUAUAAGUUAAGUCUGAAUACCAACUACUGAGAAGUGCGUAGGAAAGGCGUGCAUACGAAAGGCGUAAAUUCCUAGGUCGGAAUCGAGCCCAGAGUUUACUAUACACCGGGAAAAAAAUCAUAAAAUGAAUGCUGUAAUGUAUUUUCUGUGCUGGCGCUGUACAAGGCAACAACAAACAAUUGUACUGUACAUGUGUGUACUGUUGAUAAUGGGAUAUGGAGAAGGGUGAGCCGGUCAAGGAUCGAUUCAGACAAGGUGGUAAAUUGUAUGACAAGCGACAGUUUAAUUUAAGAGUAAAGAUAUCUGGUACAAGCGUAUACGGACUCGUUCAUUCAGCUCAUAAGGAACCUCCAGAAAAAGCCCAGAUAACAGAGUGCAUAGACAUUUUAUACAGCACAGAAAGUAGGUUGAGUCUGGAAGUUCUGGUCCUCUGGUUGGUUCUGGACAGGUUGUUGUCUUCUCAGAUUGGUCCUGAUGAGCUGGGCGUCAUCCUUCUGAGUCUUGCAGCAAAAGUUCUGUGUUUCCAAAUGUUCAGCUAAAACAGGAGAUUUGGUGUGUGCGUAGAUGUUCCUAUUUUAAUCAGUGUUUAUGAAAGGUUUACGUCACCCCUCUGUCCUUGGGUGUGUGUGUGUCUCAUUAUCUCGUGAAAUGCAGACCCAAGCACUCUUUUCUUAUCAGUGUUUAUGAAAGGUCUGUGCCAGCCCUCUGUCCUUGGGUGUGUGUGGGUCUCAGUAUCUGCUUAUGAGUUUGUGAUAAACCCUGUUUUGAAAGAAGUUAGUUAUAACAACGUAAUAGCAAUAUGCUUGUGUUAUUUUAAAUGGUAUUUAUUACAGUAUUUAAAAGGGGCAAUCUGCAAUUGAAACAAUAACAAAGCAAACCUUGCCACUGGUUUGGUAAACAGCUGAGUCAUUGGCUUGAGAAAUGAAAGCAUUAUCAAAUUCAUAGAUGGAUGCAAGGACUGACCAUCCAGGAUAUCAACAUUUUAUUUGUAACAAUAUUUUGAGGCUAUACAGUGUUUGUAUACAAUUAAAUUGUUUACAAACAAGGUAGGAAAACCAGAUUUCGGGUUUCUGAUGGGGUACGACCAUUGAAAUAAGCUCAUUAAGUAUUUAUAAGUUAUAUUCAUGAAUCAAAGGGUAUAAAUUAUGAAUUUAAAAGUCCAAAAAUGGAUGUGUCAAUUUCCAGAUUGACCCUUUAAAUGCCGCAAGUCAUGGGGAGCUAAAAAGAAGAACGUGUACAUUAUUGAUGUAAUUGUUUCUUCUUCUACACACAAAAAAUGACAAA